GAGGCCAAAGGUCGGAGCGCCAAUACGUUUUUCACUAGGCCCGCUCGAGCAAAUUGACUUUGUCACACCACACCUCACGUUAACACUCGUGUGGGCGGGUACGCGCGGCGGCUAGCAACACCGGGACACCCGUGACGGCCUGGGAGAGACGGACUGUCCAUUCAGUUAGAAGGAGGCGUGUACUGUAGCUGUGACAACACUACCCAAGGAGUGAUGGCUGCGGCCACUGCGACUGUCACGGAUCUCAUGGACGAAGCAUGGAAACUACGGGAUCCCCGAACCAAAGACUGGUUCAUGCUGUCGUCCCCAUGGCCCAACGUGUACCUGACGGUUCUGUACUUCCUGCUGGUGUGGCUGGGACCGAAGGUGAUGCGGAACAGACAGGCCUUCAGUCUGAGGGAAGUCAUGAUCCUCUACAACAUCAUCAUCACCGCGCUGUCCUGCUGGAUGUUCAAAGAGAUUCUGUUGAGUGCUCUCAACGUGGGGUACGACUGGACAUGCGCAUUGAUGAAGCCUGAGGAUCCUCAGGACAUCCGGAUGGCCAACGUCCUUUGGUGGUAUUACUUCUCAAAGGCCUUCGAGUUUCUUGACACGCUGUUCUUCAUCCUGAGGAAGAAUAACCACCAGAUCACGUUCUUGCACGUGUACCACCACGCCUCUAUGUUCAACAUCUGGUGGGUGGUCCUGAACUGGGGACCGACCGGACAAGCGUUCUUCGGACCCCUGGCCAACUCGUUCGUCCACAUCAUCAUGUACACGUACUACUGCCUGUCCGCCGUCCCCUCCCUCAGGCCCUACCUGUGGUGGAAGAAAUAUAUCACCAAACUCCAACUGUUGCAAUUCUUCAUCGUCAUCUUCCACACCUAUAGAGGCAUCUACAAGAGCUGUGGGUACAUCCUGUGGCUGCAGUACUUCCUGGGAGUCUACAUGUUCUCACUGGUAGCCCUCUUCACGAACUUCUAUAUGCAAUCCUACAUCAAGAAGAGGCCUUCCUCCAAAGACCAGAAGGACGUGGAUAAAAACAAGAACGUCUACCAAAACGGCGCGAGUGCUGCUCAUGGCAAGGGGGUCUCUGAAAACAACGGGGUUCGUGAGGGGAAUGGCAUCACUAGAAGGAGGGCUAAGAAGGCAGAAUGAAGGGAUGUUGUGUAAUACUUGUAUGUGCAUUUUAAGCGAUGCCUUUAUAUGCUGUUGAAGUGGCACCGCAUUUUAUUUCGUAUCCGAUUGAUUUGACAUCUUCCGAUUUUUUACUUACUGUACUCUUGACUGUAUUUAGUAUGGCUUGGUACUUGGCAAGCUAACAAAACAAUGUGUUGCAUGUGAACACUAGCAUUUCUAGAUAGCGUUCAUCUCUAGAUAAGAAAUGUAAUGACAUCCUGUCUAAAGCCAUUGGGUAGCCAAUUAGCACUUAGGGUAAUGUUUAAACGAAUUCGAUAUUUUUCUUACGUUUCUGCACUUUUUAUUCAGAUGUUUGCCGUAUCUGUUUGCAACAAAUAUCUUGACAUGUAAUGUUCCAAGACAAUGUAUGUUAAACAAAGAAUGUGGAAGUAAGCACUAUCUCCUAGAAUUCUGACUUCAUGACCCACACAUAAGCUUACAAAGUGUUGUCCUAUCAAUAUAUUGUAAUAGCCGGACUAGUUCUAGAAUGAACAGUUGGUGUAACUUUAUAGAAUAGAAUAAACAAAAUGCACAAGA